AUGAGCCCUGUGUCAGGCAGUGCCAGAACUCCACCCAUCGUCAUUGAGCCCUCUCCCGUGGUGGUGACCCUGCCUGGACCCAUCCUCAGCUCCUUCCCGCAGAACACCGUUGUGGGCUCCUCCACCUCCGCUGCUGUUGGCCGCAUCCUCAGCUCUGAGGGCGUGCCCAUCUCCUCGGGGGGCUUUGACUUGUCCGGCUUGGGCAGCCGCUCCUGUGGCAGAAGGUGCCCGCCCUGCUGAAGCCACUGGUCCUGGAGAAAUUCUCCCAGAAAACAGGAACGUGGUGCUGGAUCAACAAGACAUCUUCAAGCCCCUGCGUUCAGAUUAC